CGGAUCUGGUUGAAGAACUUAAGUCUGACGACCCUAAAAUACGAGAUAAAGCUUUUCAGAAAGCAGAUGAGAAGUUGGAAAAAGGAGGAACUGAGAUAGUGGAAGGAUGCAGAACAAAACUGAACCGGACACUGAUCAACCCGAACCCUUCAUGCGGUAGACCGCCACAGCCUCCUAAUCUGCCGGGAAAAUAUGGUGUCAGCCUUGAGUACGUGGGUUUCCGAGUCGAGAGUUGCUUAACCAUCAGGCCCAAAUCUUUUGCGUAGUGGCUGGGACGAACAUACAAGGUGCAACGCGGUGCCGAUACGUCUGCAUGAUGGAAUAGCAGCUUCGCUUUUGCUGGGAUUGGAGAGCAGUGAGAUGUACCAAGAGGAUUUCUUAACAAUUCUCGAGAGGGAUGCAGAGGCAAGAGGGAAGAGAAGAAGGAAAAAUCAGAAGCUCGCCAAUGCAUUGAAAGAUAAAGGGAAUGCAGCAUUCAACAAGGGGGACUAUGCAACUGCUGUGCAGUACUAUACAGAUGGCCUGGAAAAGUUGAGAGAUUUUCAGGCUCUAUACACCAAUCGAGCACAGGCGUAUAUCAAACUAGAAAAAUAUGAAGAAGCACUUACAGAUUGUGAGUGGGCCUUGAAGUGCAAUGAGAAUUGUGUAAAGGCAUACGUCCACAUGGGAAAGGCUAACCUAAGCUUAAAGAAGUAUGAGGAGGCUCGGCAAUGCUAUCAGAAGAUUUUAGAAAUUGAUCCAAAUCGAGAGAAGCUGGUUAAAGAAUAUACAAAUUUACUGGAGCUGGCUCAAAAAAAAGAGCAGCAGGAGAAAGAAGUUGUGGAAGAGUUUGAACGGGGCAAUGUGAACACUACAACAGCCCAUGAAGUACUGAAGAAACUGUCCAGUCCCAAUAAGAUUUCUCUCUUCUACCUUGGUGGUGUGAGAUUACUGACUGAGCUGAUGAAGGAGUGCACUGAACAGACUUUAUUCAGAACAAGUAAUGGAUUCAGUAUUAUCAAUGACAAUGAGAUUAUAAGAAGGAGUCUUACCAGCUCAGUGAAGGAACCAUAUGAGGUGGAGCUAUGUGUUUCUGUCCUUGUGCUGUGGCAGGCAGUUUCUCGUGGAAAUGAGGAGAACCAACGUUUAUUUAUCACUUCCUCUGGUACAAGUGAACAGUUGCUGGAUCUGUUGUCGUGUAAGGAGAGUGGAAUCUACAAGGAAUGUCUAACUCUAAUAUCCAUUUACUUAUUGUCGGAAUAUGGCAAAGGUUUACUGCUGUGCAAUCUGAAUUUAACCAGGUUGAUGCAGAUCCUAAUGGGAUUCAUGAAUUGCAUUGAUGAAACCGUUGGCGAUGCCAUGGGAAUCCUCACCAGCCUAGUGCCUGAGAAUAAGUUUAAAAAGCAUUGUCGAAAUGACUUUGCGGUCAAUGUGUUACCAUCAUUUGAAAGUCUCCUGCAAAACUUGAAGUUGGUGAAUAAGCAGAUGUUUCCACAAUGCAUUUCAGUCAUAGGCAGCAUUGCAUCUGACAAGACAAUAUCUGGACAAAUAGCAGGAAGAGAAGAAUACUGGGAGUCAUGCCUAAAUGCUAUCGAUGAGGCUAUAUCAUCCGUCACCGAGGCGGAGUACAGGGAAAUCCUGUACACUCUUCUAGGCCUGAUGGUAAACUUUUCCAUAGAGCAAUGCUGCACCAUCCAGGCAAAAGCUCCAGCUAUUACAGAAAGGUGCAUCCUCCUGCUUAGCAGUACAGAUGGUGGCAUUCUCACAAGAGCAACUGGGCUUCUGAGUCAUGUGCUCCCUCAGUCUGCUGAAGCAGUGGAAAAAGCAGUGAAAGCAGGAAUGGUGAAGAAAAUGCACAGAUUUAUAAAGGCGGAUGGGAAGACAACUAUACGAUAUGCUGUGAAGACAUUGGCAGUCUGCAGCAGUAAUAGUGAACAGGCCCGAGAAGAGAUUGUCAAAUGUGAUAAAAAGUUCAGUGCGCUAAGGAAGCUGCUGAGUUCAGACGAUGAGCUGGUGGUGGGGAACACUGCCCUUUGCCUUUCACAUUGCUUCGAGAUCCCCGGAGCUGCUACAUCUCUACUCAAGUCCGACAUCGUCAGAACGUUGUUAAAACAUGCUGGUGGUGACGCCAAGGAAAAUGGCCUUCAACAGAAUGCAGCAAUCGCUCUGGGCAAACUUUGCUUGGCAGAACCCAGGCAUAGGACUGAACUCCGAGAACUACAUGGAUUGGAAAUUCUGACGUCCUGCAUGAAGUACAUAAAGUAAGGAUGUGACAUUAUCAGUUGUGGCUCAGGGAUUGCUUACCUGAAGAUAAUGCUUCUUAGGAAUCAUCUAAAGAGACUGGUUAUGUUAAUGGACAUUUUGCAACUUGGAUUAAUUGGAGGCAGAAGUGAUUCAACUUGAGGCUCAUUGAUGUUUAAUGCACUCUGACCCCAUUUCAUCGACACUGCUAUGGACAAUGCUCCCACAAGCUUUACAUACUUAUUCUUUCUAAGCUGUAAAAUCAGCAUCCUGUACAGUCCUGUUCCCUGCCUCACUCUGCGCUCUAACCAAGGUUCAUUAUUACAGCUUCUUUUCUAGCUUAUUCAUUCUCACUAUCUCUAAAAUUUGGAAUGCUUUCCCUCGCUUAUUAUUCCAUCCACCUAAUUAUCUGCAACAUUUUCAGUUCCAAUCUUAGCUAAUGUUAAUUCUCGAUUUGCUCAGUCUUCCCUUCUUUGUUUUCCAACCUUGAUAAUAUCCCAGACUCUUAACUCUCAGCUCCUAAACUAGGUUUCUCAAUGAAAAAAAAUCAAUUUUAAUUAUUUAUCCUUUAUCCUUUUAACAAUUUUAAACAUAACACAUCAGUGUAACAAAGAAAAGACUGUUAAGCCUUAUAAUCCUGUCACAUUUUUAUAUAUUCUCAUCACAUCUGCCAUUAUUCUUGCCUUAUCCUCAAUUCUUACAAUCUCCAAAAAUGCAUUUAAUUGUACAUUGAAUCUGUUUAUGUUGCCCGUUUCAAUGGCCUUUCCUGAUAAUUUAUUUCACAACUCUUCUGCUGUUUGAUUGUGAAAUUUUGCAGUAUGAAUACCUGAUACUAUUUUACUAGAGCAGUUGAUCCAUUUAAAUAUGAUUUACAUCUCCAUUAAAAUAGAGGAUAAAAAGAUCACACACAAACACACUAAGCAUUUUGUAUCCUAACAUUUGCACAGCACAGUUUUAAGGUGUUUCGAAGAACUGCAGCCCAGAUUUGUAUGAAUUGAUGACUCCCACUGGUAUUAAAUCCUGUUCUUUCAGGAAUUAACACGGGAUAAUAGAUAAUGCGAGCUUUUAUUUAUAUUCUAUUUUGUUUGCGAACAGAGUCUUUGCAAUUCUCAGCUCUCACCAUAGAUGUUGGAAAAUUAGACCAGUCAAAGACUCUACUGAACUGUAAAUGUCAAUUUCUGCUGAUUCUCCUCUCAUCUCCAUACAUUGAACCAAUUCUUCCAUCUUUGGUGAAAUUGUUAAAAGUAAUUUGUUUUUGUAUAAUUUGAAUCUUUGUGUAUAACUAGUUAACUCAAUAAAUAUUAGAAAACUAAGUACA